CCCCUGGCUGCUCUAGUCUGCUGCCGUAGUCUAUAUCGAGAAAGUGCAUAAUACAUACCAACAAAUCUGCCUCCUGCUAUCAGGACCAGUUGACCCAGAGCUCAACCUAUUCCCGUUAGUUGAGCUCACACAAGAUGACGACAUUUGCGUCAGUUGUUACCUUCCCUUUUAGAGGCGUGUCGUUGACAGAAAAACAGCCGACCAACAUUUUCAGCCAAGGCGUACGCGGCUUUUCGGCCGGCUUACCCCCCAUCGCUGUUCCGUACCGUCUUAAGCUACCACCAGUUGCCCGCAUCUAGCGGCACCUUGCUGGAUCUCGGCUGUGGCCAUGGCCUCAUCGCACGUUCUCUCAGACCGCAUUUCAAAUCAGUGCUUGCCAUCGAUCCGUCGGCAGGGAUGAUAGCGCAAGCCCAGCAAACAACGACCGAUCCCGAGAUUACCUUUCGCCAAGGUAGCGCCGAGGACUUGAGCUUCUUGCCCGACGGAUCUGUGGACAUGACCGUCGCGGGCCAAGCUGCGCAUUGGUUCGACUACGGCAAAGUCUGGCCUAACCUCGCGCGGGUAGUCCGUCCCGGAGGCACCGUGGCUUUCUGGGGUUACAAGGAUAACGUGCUGCUCGGCGCCGAACACGUCACCGAGAUCAUGGAGGAGUUUAUUUACGGGUUCGAGGAAGUAUCGCCGGGGUGGACGGGAAUGGGUCCGUAUUGGGAACAGCCGGGCCGGAACAUCCUAAGGAAUCUUCUACGUAGCGUGCGGCCUCCGGAAUCAGAUUGGGCGGACGUGAAGAGACUAGAGCACGAGCCCGGAAAGGAGGGGACGGAGGAGACGUGCUGGCUAAGAAAGAAUAUGAAGCUGGGUGAAGUUGACAGCUAUCUGAGAACAUUCAGCUGUUUCAGCGCGUGGAAAGAUGCGCAUCCUGACGUUAAGAACAGGGCGAAUGGUGGAGAUGGCGACAUAUUCGAUCUCAUGUGGGAUCGGAUCAUCGAUGCCGUGCCUGAAUGGAAGGCAAUGGGGGAUCGAUGGCGAGAAGCUGAGGCUGUAAGUGAUUGGGGCACUUAUAUCAUAAUGGCUAGACGGCGGUGAGACAAAUCAUAAGCGUUCCCUUUUAUGUUGUUUCUUCGAGACCAAUGCCAAUAGAAGUACAUGGAAUUUAUGCAUCUGUAAAUACCUACCAUCAUUGAUGUACAUAAUACAUUGACGUAAAUAAUAAAUUUAAUACUCU